UUUGAGCAUCUCUGUAGAGCUGUGAGCGCAUUUGUAUGUCUCUUUCUCAAUCUAACCCUUUGCCUCAUCCCUCUCUUCCUUCUCCGCCGGCGCCUCCAUCUCCCUUAAAUUCUCCGCCUUCUCUUCCCCAAAUCGCCGCAUGAAAUUUGAUCCAACUCUCAGAUUGAAGACUGAUGGAACAAGUGGGGUUUUAUUUAGUUUUCUCUGUUACAAUUUGGAAGACAAUUCAGCCCAAAUUCUCCCCCUUCUAUAAAAGAAAAGAACAAUAAAAAUAAAGAACCGUAUUCAAGUUCAAAAUUUAGUAUUAGAUGUUCUGGUUGUGGCUUACAGCUGAAAAAGGUUGAUUGAUAACCAAUAUGCCUCUUUAGAGGCUUUAAGUUUCCUUGGAUUCAUCAAUAUUUGGUGCAUGUGAUACCCUGAAGGUCUAUUGAAUUGUAAAAGAUGGAUAGGUGUGACACUUCGGGAUUUGUUAGUGGGGGUGGUAUCUUCUUUUUCAGAAACAAUUCAUCCUAGUUCCUUGGCUUCUUUUUAUUUUUCCUCAACAUAUUAGAAAACAAAAUAGAAGUAGUUUCAUAGCUUUUCAUUUUUAAAUCCUGGAAGUCAGGGAGGCUGGUCUAAUUCAAUUCGGUCUUGGUAACAAUAUUUUAACUAUAAUUUAAUGGGCUCGAGCAUUCAGAACUUGAAUUUUGCUGCCAAUUAUUCUUUGAAUGUACUAAAGAUUUUGGGGAAGUCUUUCCAAGAUGGAAAAACUGCAGCUGGAGACAGUGCAGAUACCAUUCUGCGACUUGAUUCUACUGGUACUGGAUCUUCGGUCCCCUGUAGGUCCAUAUCGAAGGGAAUGAAACGGAAGUGGAGUUUGGUUGAGAAAUCCGUGGGUGGUCGGUCAGUUGGGUCUUCUUUGUCUCUUGGGUUUGUUCAUUCCUCAAGUUCUUCUGAUAGUAAGGGGAGUUCUGCAACUGAAUGCACCAGAGUGUCCUCUGCUAAAGACACUGAUGAGGAAUCCUCAAUGAUACUUGAUCUGGAUUUUUCUCUCAAUCUUGGUAAUGAUAAGGUAGCUAGCCCUAAAGAACCUGCCAAUAAGUCGCUUAAAGUACAUAAAUUUAAACCGAAGGAUGACUUGGAGUUAAGUCUCUCAACUGGGCUAUGUGAAUCUGAUGUCACUUCAAUUUAUCAGGGUAUUCCUUCACUUCAGUUGUCAAUGGAGAAGCCAUUGACAUUUGUUGAAACCUUAAACACAGAUGAUGGAGAAACAUCAUGUGGUUGGAAGCCAGGAACCGUCCAGCCAGUCAUUUCUACCUCGUUGAAUCCUCAUGUUGGCUACAUUUUUCACCCAGUUACUGAGAAAGUGAUGCCACCUGCAAAUGUUCCAGACCUUUCCUCAAGCGUUUUAACCGUACCCAAAAGCUCAGUCACCUGUACUUCCGGGAUAACACAACAGCUUCAAGAACGAUUUAGUCGUAGUAGUAAUUCCAAGAUAUGUCAAGUUGAUGGAUGUGGCAAGGGAGCCAGAGGUGCAUCUGGCCGUUGCAUAUCACAUGGUGGCGGUCGGAGGUGUCAGAAACCUGACUGUCACAAGGGAGCUGAGGGUCGCACUGUAUACUGCAAGGCCCAUGGAGGUGGACGGCGAUGUCAACAUUUGGGUUGUACCAAGAGUGCAGAAGGACGCACAGACUAUUGUAUUGCCCAUGGUGGGGGUCGAAGAUGCAACAGUGAAGGAUGCACUCGAGCGGCAAGAGGGAAAUCAGGAUUAUGUAUUCGUCAUGGUGGUGGCAAGAGAUGUCAAAAGGAGAACUGUACCAAGAGUGCAGAAGGCCUCUCCGGUCUUUGCAUCUCUCAUGGUGGUGGUAGGCGAUGCCAAACGCCUGGGUGCACUAAAGGUGCACAAGGGAGCACCAUGUACUGCAAGGCUCAUGGUGGGGGGAAAAGGUGUACGUCUCCUGGUUGUACCAAAGGUGCUGAAGGUAGCACCCCAUUUUGCAAGGCCCAUGGUGGUGGUAAAAGGUGUGGAUUCCAAGGAGGUGGUAUUUGUACAAAGAGCGUCCAUGGGGGUACCAACUUCUGUGUGGCACAUGGUGGGGGCAAGAGAUGUGCUGUUCCUGAGUGCACAAAAAGUGCUCGGGGAAGGACAGACUAUUGCGUGCGUCACGGUGGGGGAAAAAGAUGCAAGUUUGAAGGGUGUGGCAAGAGUGCACAAGGAAGCACAGAUUUUUGCAAGGCACAUGGUGGAGGAAAGAGAUGUUCUUGGGGUCAUCCUGGGUCCGAGUAUGGCACCCGACCGUGUUGCCCAUGCAAUUCAUUCGCAAGGGGGAAGAUGGGUCUCUGUGCUCUUCAUAGUGGCCUGGUGCAAGACAAGAGGGUUCAUGGGGGAGUCUCACUUGGAUCUAUUAUUCAGGAGCCUAAUCUCAGCCAGAAGGAGAAGAUGAAAGGAGUAGUCAGGGAAGAUUACAUGAAUGAAGAUCUCAUCAAGGUAGGAGGCAAAGUCGGUCCAAAUCUUGCACAUGUUGCAGGCAGUGAAGCAGGAGAACCGUCGAUCAUUCCCGAAGGUAGGGUGCACGGUGGAAGUUUGCUGGCAAUGCUUGCUUGCAGCUCAGGGUUAGGCUCAAGUAGUAGAAAUGUAAUUUCUGGUCCCGAGCACUCGAUGGAACCUCCCUCCAUGCCUCGUAGUUGGGUGUGAAGCAAUCUCAGCCUUCCUUUUACGUCCAUCUGGUGUUACGAGAAUGGUCGGUCGGUAAUGUUGGUCUCUCUCUCUCUCUCUCUCUGUUUAGUAUCUGUCCAUUAUAAAGCUUGUUAUUUAUUGGUCCAAAUGGAAAGACUCCUUAAGAGUGCUCUAUAUUGAGGGGGCAAAUUCUAAGUAUUGGGUUGUUGGUUUGUUGGCUUGUUCUUUCUUGUAUAUAUUCUUUUAGAUAAUGUAUGUGGAACAGGCUUCAAAUGCAGCUCAACAACCUGUAGGUUUGUUAAUGUUGUCAUUCUGGUUAUGGAUAAGGGCCCUUUUCCUGUCGUCGAA